AUGGCCAAGUUCGUGGUGGUGGGCCUGUGCCUACUGAUGGUGGCCACCUUCGGCCAGGCGGUCCUCGCCGUCACCGAGGCUCCGCAGGUGGAGCAGUCGACGGAGUCGCCCAUCGCCGACAUGGCGCUGAUUGAGGAGGCGCCGAUGGCCCCCAAAACACCCACGGAGAAGCCGCCCGUCGUCCAGGACUCCUCGGCGGCGGAGGCCCAGGAAAAGGCUGCCCCGGCUGCUUCCCAGCCGCACACCGUGGCCGACUUCAUCAUCCACCCCCUGAUCGCCUUCAAGCCGCGCCAGGCCUCCCUCGAGGAGAUCCAGGGCAAGCAGGCGCCGGCCGCCCCCGGGUCGAGUGCGCCCGCCUCCCCGGGCACCUGGCUCUUCGGCAUGAACCCCGCCCAGCAGCUGGGCUCCUCCUUCUCGACGCUGGCGGGCUCCGUCUCCGGGUGGUUCAACGACCGCCUGGCGGCGGCGGGCCAGCAGCUGCCCGGCCUGGUGGAGACCCCCGUGCGGGAGUCCUCCUCCAGCACCAGCAGCACCACCUCGACCACCACCCAGCGGCCCGACAUCGUGGUGCGGCUGCAGCAGCGUCCGCAGCGGAACGGCAACCGCAAUGGCAACGGCAACGCCAAUCGUAAUGGCAACGGAAAUGGAAACGGAAACGGAUUCGCCAAUGGCAAUGGCAACAGGAACGGAAACGGAAACGGCGGUAACCUGAACAACAAUAGGCGACGCCAGCGACCGAACCGCUUCAACAACCGACUGGACUCGUUCGAGGACGACUACUACGAGGACGACUACUUCCAGGGAAACCGCUUCGACGAGGAGUUCGACGACGACGAGGACGAGCAGAGCCUGGAGCAGUUCGAGGACGAGGACUCGCUGGAGCUGCGGCCCCAGCAGAAGCCCAAGAGGAAGCAGACCCAGGCGCAGGCGCAGAGCCAGCGCAGGAAGUUCCCCCAGGAGGAGGAGCAGGUGGUCAGCCAGAAGCGGCGCCAGUCCGCCACCCACAGCAAGAAGCCGCUGGCCCAGAAGCGGCCGGCGCAUCCCGCGCCCGAGGACUCCCAGGACGAGGAGGAGCAGGAGGACGAUCAGGAGAACGACGACGACGAGGAGGAGGAGCCCCAGGAGGACGACAGCCAGGAGCAGGACUUCCAGCCCGAGCCCCUCUUCGCCUCCACUUCUACGCGGCGCAGCCAGAACCAGCCCAACUUCAUCCAGCGCGGCCAGCAGAGCAUCAUCAGCCAGAUCCGCCAGUUCACCCGCGGCCAGACGCCCGGCGAGCUGGCCACCACCCUCCGCAGGACCCCCUCCUCCGCCUCCGCCUCAUCCGGAUCGGAGCCGGGAUCGAAGAGCCGCAGGCCGCAGGCCACCACGCUGCUGGUGAACCGCAACGGACAGACCGUCUACCUGGCGCCCGAGCUGCUCGGCCUGCAGAACCCCUACCCCUACGCCUACGCCCCCAGCGGCGCGAAGAAGCAGCGGGUGCCGGUGGGCGGGGCCUUCCAGCCGCCCCUAACGGUGCCGGUGCGGCGGCAGGGGCGCCCCACGCAGUACAUCACCAUCCCGUGGAGCCAGCUGGGCCUCUCGCCGCCCGAGCAGCAGUCGGUGGUCUCGUUGGCCGAGGGCCUCCAGGCGCAGCCGCUCAUCCUGAACAUCCCCCAGAGCGCCAUCAGCCCGGUGCGCACCUCGGGCGGCCAGAAGAAGAAGCGGCCCCAGCUGACCGCCGCGGCGGUGCCGCUCCUGGCCGACGCCUCCCUGAUGGACAUCUUCCAGCCGCCCCAGAUCCCGCCCUCGCGCACCGGAAGCCCCUCCUCCGGCUCGAGCAAGCCCAUCUCCGCCCAGCCCGUCCUGAUCGCCGCCAAGCCGGUGAAGGCCGGCGCAGUGGGCGCCGCGGGCCUCCUACCCACGCGCAUCCGCCCGGGCACGAUCGUGGAGAAGGCGCCGGCCAUGGAGGCCAUGGACAAGCCCCUGGAGGCCGCCGAGGCCAAGCCAAUCCAGGAGGCGGAGGCGAGCCCUGUGGAGCCGGCUGCACCCCAAGCGACGGCUGCCAACGGAGGAGCGGAGCAGCAGGAGUUCAUCCUGGUGGGCGACGACGACGAGCCGGGAGUGUCCCGCCACGUGCAGCCGGCCUUCGGGGACGCCCGCUUCGUGUCCUACGGCGACUUCCACCCCUACUUCGACCUGCUGACCCAGAACAGGCGGUUCGCGCUGAGGAAGAGCGGCAGGUCCCUGGAAAAUGCCGAGGAGCAGGCGGCUCCCAAGGCUCUGACCACCUUUGGCAAGGCCCCGCAGGAGGAGGCUGAGAAAGAGGCGCAGCCAGAGAAGGAGGAAGUCAAGGUGGAGGAGCCCAAGAAGGAGGAACCCAAGAAGGAAGAAAUCAAGGAGGAGGAACCCAAGAAUGAGGAAAUCAAGGAGGAGGAACCCAAGAAGGAGGAACCCAAGAAGGAGGAACCUAAGAAGGAGGAACCCAAGAAGGAGGAAAUCAAGGAGGAGGAACCCAAGAAGGAGGAGCAAUGAAUCUACCAGCAUAAUUCUGUAAAUCAAAAGCCCUAAAAAACGAACCCACACGAACUGUGAACGAAAUAAUGAAGAAACAAAAACACAAGCAAAACAACCCAAACGAUUUUCAA